AUGUUGUUCACGCAGAGAGCCUCCACAUUCAGCACCCAUCAGCUCCCUCUAAACCCCGGCAGGACCAUUCUCAGUCACAAUGUAACGAAUCCACCAGAGUCUGACAGGGAUCCGGCGGAUUCGAAGCGUUUGGACCUGACCGCUUCCCCUUCUCCAGUCCUCGAAUCCCCUCCGAGCUCCUGUACCAGCGAACGCUUCUCACGACUCGCAAUUACGACAUCCGGCGAUGAUGGGCCUGGGAAAGUCGAUUCCCGGCUCUCUGAACCAGCUCCCAAUCUCGUCAGAACUGAAGAGCAUCGCCGUGAACUCCGCAAGAGUUUCUCAACCCACAGCUACUUGGGAACUCCGACCUCACCCACUCUGACCUUUGGGUUCCAGAUGAUCUCGUCCUCCGAUACCGAUGACGUCGUCCCAAAGGUCGAGGAAAUCGACGAUGAAGAAGCCUUCGCGAUAGAAUCAGGAGUGGGACAAUCGAGCACGCAGGUUCACGUGGAUACCGUUGACGCAAAGGAUACUUGGUCGCCAACACUGGUUAAUGGGCCGAAGAAACGUGGUAGGCCUCGGAAGCACCCGCUUCCUGUCCCAGGUCAAGCCAAAGUUACCAAAGGAAGGUCGAAAACAGGCUGCAUCACCUGUCGACGAAGGAAGAAGAAAUGCGAUGAGACAAAACCAUCGUGCUUGAACUGCCAGAAGAAUUCAGUUGUGUGCGAGGGGUACCCAGCAAAGGAAAUAUGGAAAAGUGGGAAACAGAAGUUGGAGGAGGCUGCGCGACGAAACUCCAUGGCGUUCAUCUCGCGUGGCCUGCCCAUCCUGAUAGAUGGAAUUGAGACAGAAGUCGACCGACGUUUCCUGGACCAUUUCGUUUAUGACUUCAGCCGGGUACUCACACUGGUCAACGAUGACUCGAACCCUUUCAAGGAAAUCUUGUUGCCGAUGGCCACACAGCAUACGGGCUUGAUGCAUUCCUUGAUGUGUCUAGCUGGAUCCCAUCUUUCAUCGCGGAACCCGGAGCCCCGUUUCAAGGAACGUAAACAUUACCAUUUCGACCGUGCAAUCACUGACUUGAGAAACACAAUCGCCGCCAGAUCUUCGGGAAACGGUGAAGAGUCGGAGUUUCUUAUUGAAGAUCCAAUGAUUGCAUCCACGAUUGCGCUUUGUUUGAAUACGAUUUGCGAAGGAGAGACCAAGGGCGAGUAUCGAUCUCAUAUGGAUGCCGCCCGAUUUUUACUCGUGACUCAACGCCCCAAAAAUGAGAAAUUUAGGCAGUUUAUUGUCGAGUUCUUCCAGUACCAUGAUGUUUCCAGCGCUUUGACUACCCUAGAUCGCCGUCCUAUUUGCCUUACAGGAGACCUCCGUCUACCAGAUUUUGUGCCUCACGCCCAGGCCGGCGCUCUCUUGGGUAUAUUCGACGGUCUAUUCCUCUACAUUUCCGAAAUCACAGUAAUCCGGGAUAAAAUACGACAACGCAUUAACGAAGGCCUCGACCCCGCAGUAGACUACCAGACACUGAGUGAAGCAGUGGCGAUCGACUCGCGAAUCCGAGCUUGGGAGCCCUCCUAUCCCCCGGAGCAUCAAAAUUGGUACGCAGCGCAGCUAUAUCGCCAGUCAACCUGGGUCUAUCUUUACCGUACCAUUCGACCUUCGCAUCCCAAUGAGAAAAUCUCCCAGGUUGUUGAUGAUGGCCUUUUGUUCCUUGAUCAGUUACCGUUGGAUGCCGGCGCGUACAGUAUUCUUUUGAUGCCAUUGUUCCUCCUGGGCUGCUCAGCUUUUGAGACGCAUCAGCGAGAACGCAUCAGAAGAGGUUUUGAGAGUUUGCAAGCCUACUCUAGCCUACGGAACAUCGAACCAGCAUUGCGCAUAGUUGAAAGAGUAUGGGACGUUAUGGACACCGCUCCUAAUAAAAGCUGGGACUGGGAGAAAAUAAUUGACGACAUGGAAAUGGACUUUCUAAUUACAUAG